UGGGUGGCAUCUCAUUGUUUCUUCUGUCUGUCCAGUCCCAUCAGAACAUGGAGGUGACCGGCACGCUCCAAAUGGAGCAGCACACCAAGAGCGAGCUGGCCACGAAACUCGGCCAGCUGCAGGAGAAGCUGACAGAGCUAAAGGAGCUGGUGGAGGAGAAAUAUCAAGAGGCUCAGGAGCUGCAGCAGCAGCAGGACCACUACCUUAGUCACCUUCAGCAGUACAUGGCCGCCUACCAGAAGCUCGUGGCUGCCUACCAGCAGCUGGCCAACGAGAAGGACGUCCUGCAGAAGCAGGUGCUGCUUAACACCCAGCUUGUCAACUGGAUACAGCACGAAGAAGAGCAGGGCAAGAUGGAGGUCGAGUUGGCCCGCCAAGAGCUGCUGGAAACACAGGUGAAGCUGUUAGAGCUGCAAGAGCUGGUUUUGUGGCUGGUGGAGGUGCACAACAAAUGGCGGGUGAAGCUCCAAGCACCUGCCCAGAACCCUGCUGCUGAGCCCACUAGCGCAUGCCUAGCCCCAAGGAGCCUGGCGCUGCCAGCAGCCAAGGCUGAUGACAACAAGGUGAAGAUAAUGGUGGUCUAG